ACAUUAUCGGCGGGCCAGCUCUUGUAGCCAUUUAAGAUCGAUGGUCGUCGUGCAACCGCAUAUCAAGUUAGUGAUCCUGUUGCUCGGAGUUUGAUUAUUCCAGCCUGGAUAGACUCCAGUGCAUUUUUUUCUUUAAGGAACUGACUUAAGUCCAGUUUGUCGUUGUAAACAUCCUGGGCGAGAAAACGAGUCGUUGAACUAAGUUGGUACGUGGAUACCGCAAACUUUUUUGUAAAUCGUUUGCCGAUUUUUGGAUAUUUAUUCGGUGUAUUUUGACGUAAAUAAUCCUCUUGACACGACGACUCCUGGGCACUGUGGAAAUGUGAAACCUGACUCCGCAGCAGACAGAUGCAAGCCCAUACAUGGAUUAAAUGGCACUGAGGAUACAAGACUGCGACUUCGUGGGAGUACUGAAAUGAACAGCCAGCAUCCUAGCCAUGCAGAGAGCACUUCCUCUACAAAUAAAGAGCCAUCCACUGUGCCCCCCAAACUCAAAGUCCAGGGAUCACUGUCAAAGGAAAACAUUACCAUCCACUUCUCUACACUUGGGAAAGAGGAAGAGAAGGAUGAAGAAGAGCUGUACAAUACAAUUUCCUCCACUACCUCAGCCACCAUGGAUGACUCGAAUAUUGUGACAGCCUUAGAAGUAUGUGAGGAGAUGUUUGAAGAGAUGCCCUUGGACUCUGCUGCUUUGGAUGUCAUUACAUCAUCCACACUUUCUCCUGUUUUUAGACAUCACACCUCUCCCACACAAACUAUGUCUUCACAUAUUUGUGAGCAAAAAGCCUCAACUUUCAGUUCUGUUCCCACAAAAUCUUUGAGCUUUCCCUCCAGUGACAAACCUUUUACAAGCUUGGUAAAGUCUUUCUCCUCUGGCAUUGAGUCUCAUGACGGGUUCUCUUCUGUUCCUGCUCCACCAUUAGGGCAUAAGCAUCUCAUGAAGACUUUGGUCAAAUCAUUAUCUUCAAAUACAUCUCAGGACCCACCCUCCUCCACCACACCCUACCGUCUUCCAGAAUCCCGCCUUAACCUGCAACUUUUUAAGCAAUUUGCACAAUCCCGGAUGCCAUCUGCUGCUGUGUCAUCAGCUAGCGAUACUAAAACUGCCCCCUGCUUGCCGUUAACCCCACCAGAUAACAGGAGCUUCUUCAAAGUCUCAGAAGUCGAGGCACGAAUUGAAGACACCAAGCGACGUCUUUCUGAAGCUAUUGCCGAGCCGUUCCAACUCCUGAGCAAAAUCAUGGAUGAAAAGAGUGGUAGCUUAGUUGGUAGUAGCAUUUACCGGCCCAAGUCUCUCUCUGCCAGUGCUGUAGAACAUUCAAACAUUAAUUCAGUCCGUGGUUCCCUCGAGAGCAAUAACAAUUACUUCAUCAAGGAGGAAGAAGCAUGUGACUUGACAGCCAAAAGCCCUAACAGCAGAGCUACUGGUACAUCUGAAUCAACCGUGAACCCUUCUGUUGACACUAAAAGCCCUAACAAAUCACCUUUACUUUCUAUGUCACUGGAUAAGUAUUCGAUGUCCGCUCUUUCUAAACAGGAGGAUGAAGACUUUUGCAUCCACUAUAGUGAUGACUUAGACACUUAUACUGAUACACAGGGUGAAUUUGUUGAUAGAUCUGAAAAUACAGGAACUGGUGGUCAGACUAAAAUGCCACUAAGUGCUAGUACUGACACAUGCAGGGAAGAUGAAUCUAAAAGUGUUGAACCGGCACCUAGUGUUCCCCACUAUACUCUUGUCAUCCUUACUCUGUUGGUCUAUGGGUAUUUUGUAUUACCUCUGCCAACGUACAUUGGAGGAAUGAUGCUUGGGAUUGGGCUGGGAUUCUUUUUAGCCAUUGGUCUUGUGUGGGUGACUGGACCAAAACAUUCUGAAAAUGAUUCCAGACGCCACAGGAACCUUUGGAAUGUAACCAAGUUGGACACCAAAGAACCAGAAAUCUGUAAGGGCUGGAUGAAUGAGAUACUGAACUAUGACCCAGAGACAUACCAUGCCACACUGACACACUCUGUGUAUGUCCGCUUGGAGGGUUCCAUCAUUCGUCUGUCUAAACCUAACCACAACAUUUCCCGUCGUGCUGCACAUAAUGAACCAAAACCAGAUGUAAACUUCAUCAGUCAGAAGAUCUAUGACCUCACCAACAGCAAUGUGUAUCUGGCACCACUGAAUCUUGCCAGGAAGCGAAUCUGGAACAAAAAAUACCCCAUCUGCAUUGAACUUUGUAAACAAGAUGACUUCAUGUCAAAGGCAGAAGAAGACAGGUGGGAGGCCAGCGAUGACAUUAGCACGAAGCGCCAAGUAGAGGGGAACGGAGUAGCACAGGAGCAAAGGUUGUCCUCCUCUCCCAACAGAGGUCUGACCAUCUACCUGUUCGGAAGGACUGGGAGGGACAAGGAGGAAUGGUUCCAGAGGUUUCUUGUAGCCUCUAAGCUCAAGGCAGACUUGAAAAAAGGUUCCUGUGUUGUUGGGAGUAAGAGAGUCGUGAACACUCACAGUCGCAACAACAGCUGCAGCAGUCUGGACGAGGCACUGGGAUGCCAGCCAAGGUCAGAGGAAUUAUCAGUCUGCCCAGCAUCUGCUGGCAGUGCCAAAACUAAGCCUACAUUGGACUACAAUAUCUACAUGGACUCUUUACUGCCACAACACUUGGCAGUCAGUUCUACAGCUUCCAGCCCUGUUCUCCAGAGUCCGCAGAGCAGCCCCAUGGCUCAUAAGAAGGGUACUUCACCUCUGGUGCAGCUCAGGGGAGAGGAGGAUAAUGUUGCCUGGAUAAAUGCGGCUCUUGGUCGGAUCUUCUGGGACUUCCUGACCGAGUCCUGCUGGUCUGAACUGGUCUCCAAGAAGAUUCAGAUGAAGCUCAGCAAAAUACGGUUACCUUACUUCAUGAAUGAGCUUACUCUGACAGAACUGGACAUGGGCUCAGCCACUCCCAGAAUCCUUGGAGCAUCGAAACCCUGUGUUGAUUAUCGAGGUCUGUGGUUUGACCUGGAGGUCUCCUAUAGUGGCUCCUUCCUGAUGACCCUGGAAACCAAGAUGAACCUUGUCCGCCUGGGAAAAGAAGGAGAAAGCUUCCGCUUAGGAGAAAAUGGCAAAGAUGGAUACAGGCCACGCACUUACUGCCUGGCUGAUAGUGAUGAAGAGUCAUCCAGCGCAGGUUCAUCAGAUGAGGAAGACUCCUCUGACCUCUCGAAUGAUAUGGCUGGAGCAGAAGGAACCUGUGUGGGAGUCAUCUAUUUUCCUGGCAGAAAGGCAAAAGUCUUUCAAACUGAAUCAAUGAGUGGAGGAUCCAACCUUACCUUACCACCACUGAUCGAGUAUGAUCAAAUUUCCACUUACAGUUUAGUCGGAGGACAUAAACCGAGCAAGAUCAUGCGCUUUGUGGACAAGAUUACGAAGUCCAAAUACUUCCAGAAGGCCACAGAGACGGAGUUCAUCAAAAAGAAGAUGGAGGAAGUGUCCAAUACACCGCUUCUGCUCACAGUGGAGUUGCAGCAGCUCCAAGGAACGCUGUCUGUCAACAUACCCCCUCCUCCAACUGACAGGAUAUGGUAUGGUUUUAGGACUCCACCUCGCCUAGAACUGAAGGCUCGACCUAAACUGGGAGAAAGAGAAGUCACUCUGGCUCAUGUUACAGACUGGAUAGAGAAAAAACUGGACCAGGAAUUCCAGAAAAUCCUUGUAAUGCCAAACAUGGACGAUAUUUGGCUGACUAUUAUGCACUCUGCCAUGGAUCUACGCACAGCUGGUGGACCCCUAGUUGGCUGCUGCGUGGACCCAGAGCUGUCCCAACCAGAGACGAAGAACACCAGCUAGCCAAGAAUAUUGUUUACAGUGUUUCCUAAAUCUUGUUCUCAAAGUCUCAAAAUAGGAACUGGAGACAAAGUCAGUAUGUCUGGCGCUACUGUAACACAUUCCCAUAGGAAGGACCCUUUUUACUUAACAUUAAAGAGAGCACAAGGAUUUUACACGAACAAAGUAGUUGACCAGGCUAACACUAAAGACCAUUGUUUGCUACUAAGUUCUGCGGUAUUUCUUAUGCCAGAGGGAAAGAAGAAUUGUCUUUGAAGGGUUAACAAUAACCUAUUGAAUGGGAGCUGAAAUAUGAAUGGAGUCAUGUUUGGCUCAUAGCUGGGGUUGGGUUAAUAUAAUAAAUGGGGAUCUAUUGGUGUAUACAUAUUAUGUCCUAUGAAUUUGUCAAUGUGGAAGCAUUCAUUAGAUACCUUACAUUCUGCAAAUGAUGAGAUGGAACAUGGCAGGCCCCUACUUUAGAGCUGCAGCAAGUUGAUCUAUUUUGUGUUGAAAUUAGAGGGUCUUUUUUAAUCUUGAAUCAGGUAAAAUAGUGCAGAUACUUGAUGUCUAUUCAUUCAGUCUAUUCAUGUCUAUUGCAGAAAUUUUUAAAGGGUGUUAUCAUGAUCGCACAUUGAAUUGCCAAAAUCCUCUUUUUAUGCCACUGGCCAAUGUCUUAUGGUCAUGCUCAAAAGCAAGCAAACACAAUGUAGGAAAAGUGUCAGUCACUAUGUAAAAUCAAUGACAAACUGUUUUAUAAAAUGAUAGAAAAGCAAUAUAGGCUUUACAAUGAUCUUGUAUUGAUAUAAAAGUGUAUGUAUGAUAAGAAGUUCAAGGGCUCUAUUUGAAUGCAUGUGUGGAUAUAUUUGGUUCUAAUUGAUUCUAAUCUAACAGCUUUGACCCACUUACAUUUUCAUCUGGCUAUGCAAAUGAUUGCACUAAACUAGUAAACUGUUUUCUUUUUCAUAUCUUUGUCUUGGUCAAUGUGCUAAGCAAGUACAAAUAGGGGUAUUUAUUUGUGGAUCACUUACACUUGAAGGUAUUAGUGAUUAUGAUGAUGAUGUUGGAAGUAAUGUAAAUGACAUUCUCUGAUAUGUAACAGUGAUUUAAAAAUAACCAGUAACACUUCAGUGUAGAGAAACAACACUUGACUGAAGUUAAGGUACUUGCCUUAAAUAUUGCCAAAAAAUGUAAAGCCUUAUCUACAGGACUCAUAUUUGUACCCAUAUUUCAAAUCUUAAACAAAAACCUCGGUUAAGCCUGCAGUACUGAAUCUGCCUAAAGGUACGUGUCCUGUACUAAUAAAGCAUAGUGAGGUGAUAUUUACAGCUGAUGUUGCAUACAGGAUAUGCUGUUUUUGUUUCUUCUCAUUGCAUACUUAACUGCAACACAAAAUUAUUUUUGCUCUUUAUGAUCACCUUUUUCCUUAAUGCCUAGGCUCUUUUGUGUUAUGUAUUGUUGAAUGACCACAUGAAGUGGGUUGUGGUUUCAGAUUAUGUCUAUUUUUGAGGGAUGAGAUAUGAAGAUCAUGAUAAGAUUUCUAUCUGUGAAUUAAUAAUUGAUAUCUAUUGAUUGAUCGUCUAACUGCCUUAUUUAUAGAGCAAAAUAAAUAAAUCUAUUAGCUAAA